CCAAUAAGCUCCAGUCCGCAUUUUACCCUGAAGCCCAUCUGGCUCCACUGGCAGCGUCUGUCGCCUGGCGGAGCGAAGAAGAAGAAGAAGAAGAAGAAGAAGGAGGAGGAGAAGAAGGAGAAGGAGAAGGAGAAGAGGGGGAUCCCGCAGGAGCUGCGAGACUGUACAAUCUACCUCUGUCCGUGGAAGGAGAAGAACAGGAUCAGAAGAAGAAACCAAGCAACGAGAAAACUUUGAUCUCCCCACCUCCUCCCUUCAUCCACAUCCACGCUGCUGCUGCCGCGAGGACACGCGAGCGCAACUUGGGAGGAGACUUUUUUUUAUUCCCCUGAAAUAAAGAGCAGAACUAAAUCGAGGGAGGGAGGAGAGAGAGAGAGAGAGAGAGAGAGAGAGAGAGAGAGAGAGAGAGAGGGAGGGAGGGAGGGAGAGGAGCUGCUGCUGCUGCUGAGCCACGACGAAGUCUGUCAGCUUUCCAGAGUCUCGCGGAAAAAAAAGAAAAAGACAAAAUCUCUGCACUGACUGAGCAGGAGUGAGCGAGAGGCUCGACGACCAGAGCCCUUCUCUCUUAUUCCACACAACAACAACAACAACAACAACAACAACAAAGUCAGCUGCUGUGUUGUGUGCUCGCCGGAGGACUUGAGAGGAUUUAUUCAUUUGUUUUCCGCUCGCGACCGUGACGCCACGCAUGCCACGAGCGACGGCUCCGCCGAACAGAAGCGUCCGACUCGCGUCUCCUUCUCCACCGCUGCUGUGCACGGGUGCACACGCUCGGCUUCUCUUGAGAAUUUGUGGGAAUGUGCACGUCAGCUGCGUGGGAUUUGCUCGAAGUUGACGACGACAACAACAACAACAACAACAAAUAAAAAUAAUAAUAGAAAUUAAUAAUCAUAAUAAUAACAAUAAUAAUUAUUAUAAUAAUUAAUAAAGAGACGACUGGUGAACAGCAGCGCAAACUUCACUUGUGGCCUGGACCGGAGCGGCGGAGCCAGGCUAAGGCGGCUAGUUGCAGCUAGCUCCGCGGCUAGCUCAGACGUUAGCUCCGCGGCUAGCUCAGACGUUAGCUCCGCGGCUAGCUCAGACGUUAACUCAGCGGCUAGCGCAGACGUUAGCUUCUAGCUCGGCUAACAGGUCGUUUUUUUUUUUUUGGUUUGUUGUUGUUGUUGUUGUUCUUCUUCUUCUUCUUUGUUUUGUCUCCGUAAACGGACAAACUCAACCGGGGGCAGUUGAGCCUGACACGCGCGUUUGAAAGCCACUGAGGGGGACUUGAGUCGUGUGUCGGUGCUGGUGCGUGUGUUGACAGCGCUUGUUUCCCCCCCAUGAGGUGGUUAGCUUUAGCGGCGCGUUAGCAUAAGCGUUAGCUUGUGCUUGUGUGUGUGUUUGACUGAACACGUUGGUGGGGACGCGAUCCCUCCGCCCAUCUUCCGGGAUGUCUCUUAUUUAUUUUUGUUUACCUGUCGGCCCACGCCGCAAAACAAAACCAGUUUCCUGAAGGUAUAUAUAUAUAUCCCCCCCCUCCUCCUCCUCAUCCAUUUUCUGAACGGUGCUCGAACCACCGUCUGGACCUCGGACCCCGGAGCUUGAAUGGUGUCGCACACCGAGUCAGUGAUGUGUCUGCGGACUUUGUGUUUAGUUUUGACCGCAGUCUGCUUCAUGGCGAGCUGUCACCGAGCGGCCGGAGAGGUUUGUCCAAGUAAGGACAUCCGCAACAAUGUGACCAACCUGCAGACGCUGGAGAACUGCACUGUGAUCGAAGGCCACCUGAAGAUCUUGCUCAUGUUCAAGACCAAGCCAGAGGAUUUCCGAGGCCUCAGUUUUCCAAAGCUGAGGGUGGUCACGGACUAUCUGUUGCUCUUCAGGGUUUACGGCCUGGAGAGUCUCAGUGACCUCUUCCCCAACCUCACCGUCAUCCGAGGCAACAACCUGUUCUUCAACUAUGCUCUAGUGAUGUUCGAAAUGCUUCAGCUGCGAGAGAUCGGCCUCCACAGCUUGAUGAACAUCACCCGAGGUGCCGUGAGAAUCGAGAAGAACCCCGAUCUCUGCUAUCUCUCCACCCUGGACUGGUCCAAGAUCCUGGACUCAGUGGAGGACAACUACAUCAUGGCCAACAAGAACGACCGAGAGUGUGGAGACGUGUGCCCGGGGGCGGCCAUCGGGAAGACCACCUGUCAGACGACGACCAUCAACGGACACUUCAGUGAACGCUGCUGGACGCAGGCCCACUGUCAAAGAAUGUGUCCUGUUCAGUGCAAACACCAGGCCUGCACCAAGGACGACCAGUGCUGCCACGACCAGUGCCUGGGCGGCUGCCUCAAGCCCAACUCAGCCAAUCACUGUGUGGCCUGCCGCGGCCUCCAGCAUGGGGAUAACUGUGUGGAGCGAUGCCCCGAAAACCACUUCACCUUCAGGGGCUGGCGCUGCGUCAACUUCGCCUUCUGCCAGAAUCUCCACAACCAAUGCAAGCGGGAGAAAGAGCACACAAAGAGUCCUGACUGCCAUGAAUAUGUAAUCCACAACGGUGCCUGCAUCCCAGAGUGUCCCUCUGGCUACACCACCGUCAACUCCUCCUCGCUCAUCUGCACUCCCUGUGCAGGGCUCUGUCCUAAGGUGUGUAUGGGUCUGAAAACUGUGGACUCUGUCACUGCUGCCCAGGCUUUGAGAGGCUGCACUGUUCUCAAUGGAAGCCUGGUCAUUAACCUGCGUGGAGGAAACAACAUAGCAGCUGAACUGGAGGCCAGUCUGGGUCAGCUGGAGGAGAUCACUGGCUACCUGACAGUGCGACGUUCCUACGCCCUUGUGUCCCUCUCGUUUUUCCGCAAACUCCGUGUUAUUCGUGGGGAGGAACAGGAAAUCGGGAAUUACUCUUUUUAUGCGCUAGACAAUCAGAACCUGCGGCAGCUCUGGGAUUGGUCCAAACACAAGCUCGCCAUCCUGCAAGGGCGCAUGUUUUUCCACUACAACUCCAAACUCUGCAUGUCUGAGAUCCGCAAGAUGGAGGAGGUCACGGGAACCAAAGAGCGGCAGUUGAAGAUCGACAUCGCCUCCAAGACCAACGGGGACCAGGCCUCAUGCGAGAACCACGUGUUGAAGUUCACCCAGAUCCGGACCACGAGUGAUAAAAUCAUGAUCAAGUGGGAAGCCUUCUGGCCUCCAGACUUCAGGGACCUGCUGGGAUUCAUGGUGCUUUACAAAGAAGCACCUUUUCAGAACGUAACCGAGUUUGACGGGCAGGACGCCUGCGGCUCCAACAGCUGGGUGAUUGCUGACGUGGACCCUCCACGUCGCGCCAUAGAGGGGGAAAGAGAGCAGUUUGAACCGGGUCAACUCAUCCUGCCGCUGAAGCCCUGGACACAGUACGCCAUAAUGGUCAAAACCCAGCUGUCGGCCUCUGAUGAGCACCAGGUCCACGGAGCCAAGAGCGAGAUCAUCUAUGUUCGCACCAACGCCACCAAACCGUCAGUCCCACUGGACCCUAUUUCCUCAUCCAACUCUUCGUCCCAAAUCAUCCUCAAGUGGAAAUCUCCCAAUGACCCCAACGGCAACAUCACUCACUACCUGGUCUUCUGCCAGCGUCAACCUGAAGCCAGCGAGCUCUACAAGUUUGACUACUGUCAGAAGGGGAUGAAGUUGCCAUCACGGGUGCCCACUCAGGUGGACAGUGACGAGGAGCAGAAGUGGAACCACACAGAGGAGCAGGGCCAGGGGACGCGAUGCUGCGCCUGCCCCAAAACUGACAAGGAGCUCAAGAAAGAGAAAGAGGACUCGGAGUACCGCAAAACCUUUGAGAAUUACCUGCACAAUGAAGUCUUUGAGAUCAAACGCUCGAGACAGCGACGCUCUGUGAUGGGAAUCGCCAACCGAACACACUUGUUCCAAACCACCGUCCCCAGCCCGCCUGAGGGCACACGCAUCCCCGUCGACGAGGACGAGGAACAUCUUGAAAGCCUGAAGACAGUGGUCACCGUCCACGCCAAAGAGUCCACUGUCAUCUCUAACCUGCGGCACUUCACCAGCUACCAGAUCGAGAUCCACGCCUGCAACCACCCGACCAACCCAGCCCGCUGCAGCAUGGCGGCGUAUGUCAGUGCCCGCACAAUGCCUGAAGACAAAGCUGACGACAUUGUGGGUUCAAUCAGUCACGAGGUGACAGAAAAUUCGGUUCACAUCACAUGGCAGGAACCUGCAGCUCCUAAUGGUAUGACCAUCCUGUACGAGGUCAACUACAAGAGACUGGGAGAUACUGAGGAGUUGCAUUACUGCGUGUCGAGGAACAUGUACAAGGUGACCCGAGGUUGCAGGCUGAAAGUGAUGCAUCCUGGGAACUACACUGUGAGGAUCAGGGCCACGUCACUGGCUGGGAACGGAUCCUGGACAGAGCCCACGUAUUUCUACGUACAGGAUGCAAGCGAUCCUCUCUACAUCGUGAAGAUCGUCAUCGGGCCAAUCAUCUGCCUUGUGCUGCUGCUGUUUGUCGCCGUGGCAGGAUUCGUCAUGUUCAAGAAGAAUCAAACGCAAGGGCCAAGUGGUCCCAUCUAUGCUUCUUCAAACCCGGAAUAUCUCAGCGCUAAUGACAUGUACGAGGAGGACGAGUGGGAGGUGGCCAGAGACAAGAUCAACAUUUUGAGGGAGCUGGGUCAGGGCACUUUCGGCAUGGUCUACGAGGGCAUCGCCAAGGACAUCAUAAAGGGCGAAUCGGACACACACGUGGCCGUGAAGACGGUGAACGAGUCGGCCAGCCUGAGGGAGAGGAUUGAGUUCCUGAACGAGGCCUCGGUCAUGAAGGCCUUCAACUGCCACCAUGUGGUGCGUCUGCUGGGUGUCGUGUCCAAGGGCCAGCCAUCCCUGGUGGUAAUGGAGCUGAUGACCCACGGAGACCUGAAGAGCUUCCUGCGCUCUCUGCGACCGGACGCUGAAAACAACCCCGGGCGUCCACCGCCCACUCUGAAGGAGAUGAUCCAAAUGGCUGCCGAGAUCGCAGACGGCAUGGCUUACCUCAACGCCAAGAAGUUUGUCCACAGGGACCUGGCAGCCAGGAACUGCAUGGUCGCUCACGAUCUCACCGUCAAAAUAGGAGACUUUGGGAUGACGAGAGACAUCUACGAGACCGACUACUACCGCAAAGGAGGGAAGGGCCUCCUGCCCGUCAGGUGGAUGGCCCCCGAGUCCCUGAAGGACGGAGUCUUCACUGCACAUUCAGACUGCUGGUCGUUUGGGGUCGUGCUGUGGGAGAUCAGCACGCUGGCCGAGCAGCCGUACCAGGGCCUGUCCAACGAGCAGGUCCUCAAGUUCGUCAUGGACGGAGGCUACCUGGACCGACCGGACAACUGCGCUGACAGAUUACACAACCUGAUGCAGAUGAGUUGGCAGUACAACCCCAAGAUGCGCCCCACCUUCCAGGAGAUCAUCGAGAUGCUACGCGAGGACCUGCAUCCCUCCUUCCAGGACGUCUCCUUCUUCUACAGUGAGGAGAACAAGCCGCCGGAGAGCGAGGACUUUGACCUGGACAUAGAAAACAUGGAGAGCAUCCCGCUGGACCCGUCGUCCUACUCCCAGAGGGAGCAGUGUUUGGACAGGGACGAGGCCUCCUCCAUGGGCCUGAGGGGCAGUUACGAGGAGCACCACAUCCCGUUCACACACAUGAACGGGGGAAAGACCAACGGUCGAAUACUGGCCCUACCGCGGUCCAGCCCCUCCUAACAUACUCUACACAUCCCACGCAGAAACACAUCGAUGCUAUAGAUUUAAAUAUAUUUUUGUCUUUUGUUGUCAUUUUUAUAUAGAUCUCACUUUUAUCACACUCAAUCCAGAAGCCGCUCAGUGCAAAUCUCAGGACCUUAUUUUUCUCCUCAGAUGCCACAAACCCACACUACAGUAAAAGUUCGAGCACGGACGACAGAAGACACUUUUUUGUAUUUAAGGAUGAACCUCCCUUGUCUUUCUUGUUAAUGAUUGUAGUUUAUAUACUGUAAAUAUAUUGCCAAGUUUGUGCUAGACUGGGCGGAAAAUGGAUUCAACUGUGAAACAAACUCUUGACAAACAAGAAGGCUGCUAAACCCACUGUCCCUCCCCCAGACCAGACUGUUCCCCUCCCUCCCCCUCUGAAUUCAACAAAAGGGUUCAACCCCCGGUUGCUAAGUCUUGGAAAAAAAGAAAAAAAGUGCCCUUCUAUUUUUGUCUGUGGCCUACAUCAGUUGUCUUGGAACUGUAUGUGAAUCUUUGUACACGAGUGGAUGACGAACUGAAAAUGAAAUACUUUGGUAACUCUAUGUUGGAUGGUCGAAGGCGGGUACAUCUUCGAACAAACUCCCAUCCACUGGAGAAGCUGGUUGAAGUGGCUUACCUCCUCACACUCUGCAGUAUUCCAAAAUGGCUCACAGGAUAAACACAGGACUUAUUUUUAUUUAUUCACCUGUCUUUAUUUUUCUUUUUUCCUUUUUUUUUUUUUUUUUUUUUGAGUUUUCACAUUUACAGCUGAAGGAUAUUUAAACUGUUUUCAAAAACAUGUUGGCGAACGAGUUCCUCAGAUUGACCAAUAGCUGCUUCUUUGGUAUAUUUUAGUGGGUAUAGAAGAUGAAAUAUAUAUAUAUAUAUAUAUAUAUAUAUAUAUAUAUAUAUAUAAAUAUAUUAUUGAUGUUUUUGUACAUAGCUGAUAUGUUGUCAUUCUUGAGGUGUUUCCGGUCAUAGAUUAUGUUUUUACAUGUUAGUCUCUUAUGUUUAUUUUUUCUAAUCCAGAAAAUCAUACUAAUUAGCUUCUCUUUUUUUUGGACUCAUGAUCAACCAACAGCACUUGGUCUUCUUGCUAUGCGAUGCCCGGGAGAAGAGGCGUUUUUUUGGGGACUUCAGCUUAAGAUGUCUGCCCAUCAUAUCAAGAUCAAAUAAAAAUAGUGCUGUAAAUAAUGCAGCAAGGUGCAUUCAUGAA